GUUGUUGACAUCCGGGUUCUUUCCCUCUGCUCAGUGCGUGUGGCUGCGUGUUUGCUGCUAUCGCUGCGGGGAACGGGGCGUGCGGGGGGCGUCGCCACGCGCUCGGCCAUGUCUCACGGGCACAGUCACGGCGGGGGCAGCUGUUGCCAUAGCGGCGACCACGAAGAGCCUCCCGAGCGGCGCGGCCAGGCCUGGGGCCUUUACCUGCGCAUCGACCGCGAGCGCCUGGAGUGCCUGAACGAGCGGAGGGAAGGCAGCGGGGCUCUUGUCUUCCGCGCCUGGGAAGACCGCGGGGACCGCCAGAAGUUUGUAGAAAGCGAUGAUGAUGAAGAGCUUUUGUUUAAUAUUCCUUUUACCGGCAAUGUGAAACUAAAAGGGAUAAUUGUGAUGGGAGACAAUGAUGACACACACCCAUCAGAAAUGAGACUCUUUAAGAACAUUCCUCACAUGUCUUUUGGUGAUACUGCCAGAGAACCAGAUCAGAUGUUCAGCCUGAAUCGUGACGUUACUGGAGAACUGGAAUAUCCUACAAAAAUUGCUCGCUUCUCAAAUGUUUAUCAUCUGUCCAUCCACAUCUCCAAGAACUUUGGUGCUGAGACAACGAAGAUCUUUUACAUAGGCCUGAGGGGAGAAUGGACAGAACCUCAUCAACAUGAAGUGACCAUCUGCAACUAUGAAGCAGCAGCGAACCCAGCUGACCACAAAAUUGAUCAGUUCACACCGGAGACGCACUUCAUUUCCUAAGUGGUUUGUGCACCACCAGACUGCUGUGGAGGCUUGGAAGACUGUCAAACACUUGAGGCUAUAAGGAGCAUUGUAGUGUUCAUUCUUUUGUGGGUGUGGGUGUGGCUGCUUUGGUAAAGCAGGGCACUAAAUGCUGGCAAUUAGGUACCAAUUAUUAUACCAUUGCUAAGGACAAUCAUGGCUUGAGAUCUUACAAAUAUUGAAGGGGUAGGUUUUGGAAAUAUUGGCCUUUGCCUGCCUGUAACACGGUUGUCUCAACUAUGUUGUAUCUGUCAGGGCAGAAGUUGUUUUUUUCAGUCAGUGAUCUUCCUGUUCAGUUGCUGCUUCUGCUGGCAAUACAUAAAGGUGUGAGGCUGGUUUCUUAACUUACUGUAUCUUUCAGUUAUUAUGUUUCUAAUUCACAAUAUU